CCCCAGGGCGCCUGGGAAAUAUCCAGUGCGCGUCUCUAUUAUGACCAACCCUAAGUAAGGGCCAUCGGCAGGCUGGAUCUGGCCACUGCCGGCGCAGCUGCUCUCAGAGGCCGGAAGGCAGGGGCCGUCGGCCGCCACCGGCAGGGCGGACGAGGCGGAGAAAUUCAAGCCAUGAUUUCUUCCCCUUUGUUGUGCUGUUUUGGAGCACUGCUAUUCCUACCCAAGGCUGCUUGGGAGUCAUCUGGCGCUCAAGCCGCUCUGUCUUUACCAGGCAGAGGAGAGAAACGAUGCUGAGUAUAUUUCCAGUUCUUUGCAUGUUGGGCUUCUAGCUCCCACACCACCGACUUGUUUCUCCUGCUUUGCCCUGGAUGGAAUUAAAAGAGUGAGUCAAGAUGAGUGAUAAGCCAGACUUGUCUGAAGUGGAGAAGUUUGACAAGUCAAAACUGAAGAAAACUAACACUAAAGAAAAAAACACUCUUCCCUCAAAGGAAACUAUCCAGCAGGAGAAAGAGUGUGGUCAAACAUCGUAAGAUGGGGAUCUCCUUGCAAGAGCAAAUUUCAACAUUGCUUGAGUGUCUUGAUUUUGGUAAAACUUUGUAGAGAUUUUAGGCAUCUUCUGAUGUCUUCUCACCCACAAUCCCUGGCUAAGAGGUCAGGGGUAGCCUACGUUCCCUGACAUUCAUUUUAAAACUUCCAUUGGUGCGUAAAUUCCAGCUGGCAGAUGCUGUCAAUAAUCUAACCGUUGAUGACCUUUGUGCUUGUAGUCUUUGCACCCCCUACCGGAUAAGCCACUUUUAACUUUCUACAAUGGUUCCCUCUAUUGCUUUAUAAUCUUCAUGAAGUUGCAUGCUUUUGCAUCUUCUCACAGUUUAUUUUCAUUUGUAAUGGAGCAAUAAAAUAAUAAAUAUAAUCAGUA